AGGUUCGAUCGGAAAAUCAGAUAUCGAUUUUGACAUUCGAAAACAGAUUAUCGUGAGAAAACAAACAUUUAGGCUGUGGAAAAGUUUGGAUUGCGGCUCUUCGGCGAACAGUUCGCUGAAAUUUAAAAGUAGGUGAUCGCUCUUUAAUUGCGAUUUUUGUUUUGUUGAAGAACUACUAACAUCUUUGAAAAUCAUUCCUCUCGAAUCAUUGGUCAACGUUUCUGGUUUCUCAUCUGUUGAUCCUCGGAAUUGAAGUCCCAUUUUUCGCCAGGAGAAGCUCCUAAACUGCCUCCACGUAAAAAAAGCCAUGGAAAACAACGCAGGAAGCCCGACAAAUCUUACGCCAGAAUACAUUGGGUUCGCCACGGCGUUUUCACUCAUGAUAUUAGCAGACCUCUUCGGCAACACACUUGUGAUCAUAGUGAUCAUAAACAACAAAAACAUGAGAACAACCAUGAACUACGUGCUGGUGAACUUGGCAAUCGCAGAUAUCCUAGUGGCCAUUUUCAUGGGCAUCAAGUUUGUCAUUGCCCCCACCUUUGUACAUCCAGGAGGAAAAACAGGCUGGUAUCUCUGUAAGUUUGUUACUGGAGGGACAACAGCAUGGACUGCUGCAAUAGCGUCGAUUUAUAGCCUGGUGGCAAUUGCAGUAGAGGCGUACCACGCCGCUUACCACCCGUUCAAAAGACGCUCCGGCAGGGCUAAAAACCUACACCGUACUGUUUUCCUUAUUUGGGCGGUAGCGUUGUUCUGGGGUCUUCCACUGUACCUUUCCGUCACUUAUGUGGAUACGAUUAAGACAUGCGCAGAACAGUGGCCAUAUUCUAUACUUCCCAUAAUCUACAGUUUCGGCUGGAUCGUUGUUGCUGGGAUUAUACCCAUUGCUGUGAUGAGCGUCUUGUACUUUAAGAUAGUACGCCGUCUCUGGUUUAGCAAGAUGGCCCUUAAAAACCACUCUCAAAUGGCUUUUAUUCGAUCCAAAAAGCGGAUAACUACAAUGGUGUUGGUUGUCAGUGUCAUAUAUGUGAUAUGCUGGGUUCCUACAUUGAUGAUCUACUUCUUAGCCAACGUGCUACCGUCAGAGUCGAUGUAUUCAAUACUACACAAGAUCACUAUAGUCCUGGCAACGUUCAACUCUUCUAUUAACCCCAUAGUCUACAGCCUUCGAAGCCAGCCGUUCAGACAGAACCUUUACAAACUGGUUAGGUGUCACAACAAGAAGUCCAGCUCGGCUCAAGUCUUGCCUCUGCAUUAAACUCCUUGACUGAGCUGCUUGAUACAAAACAGAAACAUCAUCCAUUGUCGGCAACUUUACCUUUCUUGUUCAUAGCGUAUUAUGCAGAGGAAACGACCAAUCAGAGUGAGACACAUUUCUCUCGUAGUCCAUAACUCUCUCGACCCUGGAUACCGGUGAACUCUUAAUACUGGGAAUUUGGGGAGAAGGAGGGGUGGUUGGGUGAAAAGGGAAGCCUGAGAUUGACUAGCCUCCCAUCCAGGUUAGUUGGACUUCUCCUAGUAGUUCUUAUCCAGGAGGUACGGGUAACUUUGACAAUGUUGUGGCUGUGGUAAUUUAUAUUUACAUGCCUAAACCCGCAGACUACCACUUUGGUUUAUUUUACGCCUGAUGAUUACAUCUUUGCCAUCGUAACAGGCAGCAAGCACCAUGUUCUUGUUUGCGUUUUCUGCUGCGAUAUUUUAACUGGCCGGCGCCUUGUAAUUAUGAUGCUUGUGUAUGUUUCUGUCUUUGAUUGUAAAGUUGAUAAAUAAAACACUUUGUUUGGCCUAGAUCUCCUCUUGGGUGCCUAAAUAACAUAGCUAUCAAUCGAAUCUGCUGGAAAUUGGUAAAUUAGAGCGUCAUACAACGAUGCAAGAUUACAGAUCUCGAAACAACUAAGAUCUCUCCACGUCUCAGUCAGUCAUUACAUAUUAAAAACCAUUUUUUAUAACCUGGCCUUUGCCCAAUUAAAUUUGUCUUUGAGUGAAACUCGUGCAGGGAAAUAUCAUGACUUUCGUAACGUCUUCAUUUCGAGAAGCUUCAUUUUCAAAAUGUUUUCCGGCCAUAUUAAAAGCCAAGGCCGACGUUUGAAGAGCCCUUUCGAAAAACUCUGUUUUUGUGAUGGAUUAGUGUGGACAGAAGGCCUAGCCGGAGAAAUAAAGCUCCGUUUUCAAAUUCCUCCGGCGUAGCGAGGACAGGGCCGGCCUCAGUCUGUCCAUUCAGCCCGAUACAUUUGAUCAGUCAAUCAAUCCACUACUCAAUCAAUCAAUCAAUCA